AUGUUUACUGCUCUUCUUGGCUUAUACGGAGGUCUUUCGGCUGUUCUUCGAGUACUCAUUCCACACGUGGUUGGCUUCUUGGUUCGCUAUUUGACUAAAGCAUCGGCUCAACAUUCUUCUGUCGAUAUCGUGACAACAACGCAGACAUGGAAACAACGCGUACAGACACUGGCAAAACUUAUAUGGAAUUCUCUUAUUGAUCUCAAUCUGUUCAAAUCAUCACUUCGACAACAACCAUCGGAUAUCAGGCAACAACUGUGGACAACACGAAUCUAUAUUACACUACUCAUUCUUGCUCUUAUUAUUUUGACACUUUACGGAAUGCUGAGCUUCGACAUAAAAUUGAUACAACUGAACAACCCUUUAUUCAGUACUGUGCAACAAUUACAAUCUCAGUCUCAGACUAACUUAAUUUCUUCUCUACAAUGUCCGUGUACACAAUUAACGGUAGCCUAUGGUCAAUUCAUUCAUCUCCAGCCAUUCUAUCAUCAAGUAUGCUCCAGUGAUUUCGUAUCAGAGCGUUGGAUAGAUGCUUUCGAUGAUAUGCGCGCUCUUUUAUCGCUCCGAUUUGCGGUAGCCGUCAACAGUAGUGAUUUUUCGCAGGCUCAGACGCUAUUUGUGCUCCUGGGAACUCUGUGCGAUUUUUCUACUGAAACAAUUGCCAAUUCAAUACAGACGUUUGAACAAACCCAAUUAGUCGGUACUCAAUUGCUUACAGCGGCUGAGUUUACUAAUCAAAUGUCCUCUGCUAUUAAUACGUUUGAACUGGAAACAAAAAACACCUUUUUACACUUCCUUCAACUUCUGCGUAAUAUUACACAUGUGAACCAAAUUGUGUCUGCCGCAGGUAGCAAUUCUUAUAUUGAAAUUGGCGACCCACCUAAAUAUACUGCCCCUUUGUCUAUAACGACUUACAACUAUGAAAAUUCAUCCGAAAUAUGUUCGUGUGCAUAUGAUUCAAGCUGUAAAAUGAAUUGGGGCUUAUUCAUUGGGAGUGUAAUGAAUGCAGAUAUUCAAGUAUAUUCUAUACCUGAGUUCUAUUUUGCGUGCCAAUCUGUUGAAUCACUUCUACAAUCAACACUUAAAUGUUUCUAUGAUGAUCAAGACUGUUUAGACAUUAUUAUCAACUUUUAUAAUGUAUCAUCCUUUAACAACUUUACUCGACUCAAUUCUUCUUCUCAUGCAAGUCGUUUCAUGAUAAAUAGCACAAUUGGUUCUCUACUUUCAGAAAUGUUUAUUGAAUCUUGGUCUGAAUCUACAAAUUAUUCAUCCUAUUUUGCCCAAUGCCAACCAUCGUCAUGUUCUUAUACGAUUCCACAACGCAACAGUUUACUCGAAACAAUAACAAGAAUUGUUGGUCUGAUCGGUGGACUGUCUGUCUCUCUGCGCAUUCUUGUCCCGUUUCUUGUCAUGAUAUGUGUUGGAAUCAUUCGACGCCUGUUAUCACGACAUCAACAGGCACCUGUAGAAUCGACUGCUCGCACAUCACAUUUUGUGACAUUGGGUAUUAAGAUUCGAGAUUGGUUUAAGAAAGUGAAUGUAUUUGAAGAUACAAAUCGUACAAUUACUAUUGAACAACAAUGUGUAGCGACACGUGUCUAUUUAGUUCUUCUCGUCAUCUCAUUAUUCAUUGUCGUUCUCUAUACUUCGGUGAUCUAUUAUUUGAAUACGUUCACAAUAACAAACCCAUCCCUUGAACAAUAUCAGCAGUUACAACAACGUUACGGAUUAGAUGCAGUUAGUUGUCCAUGUUCUCGAUUGUCUAUUACGCAUUCAUCAUUUAUCACAUUGCAAUGCAGCUUUCAUCCAGUCUGUACGAGUCUUUUCGUCUCUGACUCAUAUCUACAAGAAUUGUUUCAAUUAUACAAUGAUUUGGAUUCGACAUAUGCAACAUCCAACGCAUUUACUCUUCAAGGCACAGUAUUCAGUCAUUUCCAAGCUCUUGCUGCCUUGUGUAAUUUGGUAAAAGAUUCUGUCAAUGAUGCUCAACAACAAUAUCUUAUUUCCUCGAUCAUCUCCACCCUCAUGAUUGACUUCGAUCUGCUCGAGAAAGAGACAAAUGCAUCACUCAUCAAAUUUCAAUCGACACUACCGAAUUCAUUUCUAAAUUCGCUUCAAAUGAUACGUGGUCUAAUGCAAGGUAACGGAUUCGUCUCAGCCUAUUCGACAAACUGGUAUUAUAUUACCAACAACAUUAAAGUGGGUAGUAUGCUUUUUCUCAAAUCACAAUAUUAUGGCAGUGGUAUGUGUAAUUGUGCCACAUUGUCGACAUGUACUCAAUCGUCGACACCUUACAUCAAAGGGUAUCUGGUUGGUUGUACUCCACUUGAAUCACUCCUUCAAAGUACACUCGAAUGUCUCUACAAACAGUCUUGCAUUGAUCUUCUUACUACCUAUUUGAAUAUGUCUUUACCCAACCAUUUUGUACCAUUGAACAAGAGCGAAACUCGUUUUUCUUCAAAUGAUACCGUUAAUUCUAUUGUUGAAAAAAUGUUUGUCGAAACGUGUUCAUCAAAUGUCUCGUAUAAUCAAUUUUUCGAAGAGUGUAAUCCUGAUUAUUGUUCAGUGACAGUACUCGAAACAGGCAGUUUCAUCAUUGUUAUCACCACGAUUCUGGGUCUUUAUGGUGGACUAACAACUUUUCUCAAACUUGUCGUACCCUUUCUUGUCUUUUCAACUUACAAAUUAGUCAGAAAAUACAAGCAACGAGCACAUGUUGGAAUUCAACAGAUUCCAGCGACUUCUUUGGAUAGUAACACGAUAUCGGUUGACAACACCAACCAUGCCGAACGUCUUUUCAUCAAAUCCAGCCGAAAUUCAGAUAUCAGUUCAAACACUCUGGCCUCAACAAAUGUUUCCAGAGAUGCUGUUGCUUUAGGAUCGGUGCCCACAGAUCCAUCUAUUUCAACAAGUUUCCUCACAUCAAUACUACGUUACCGAAAGAUCAUCGUUGGGUUUAUACUAUGUAUAAUUGUGACAGCCGUCAUCAUUAUUCCAUCUGUUUAUCUUACUCGACACAAACAAGAAGAGCAUCAACCUCUGCUAACAGCCGUAUCGUGUACAAAUUUGACCUUCACAACAGCAGUUCCAUAUGCAGUUGGAGCCAGUCCUAGGAUGGUUGCCAUUGGUGAUUUCAAUGGCGAUGGAAUACUAGAUCUUGCCGUUCUCAAUAAUGGUGGAAACACCGUGAGCGUGCUCCUUGGAGUCGGGAGUGGGCGUUUUGGGUCACAAACAACAUUUCCAACUGGUCCUACCCCAUUCUCGAUGGCUGUUGGUGAUUUCAAUGGCGAUGGCCGAUUAGAUCUUGUUGUUGUCAACAAUGGUGAUAACACCAUGAGUGUGUUACUUGGAACUGGUAGUGGAAGUUUUGGACCACAAACAAUUUAUUCAACUGGUUCUUAUCCGUACCGGAUCGCUGCCGGAGACUUGAAUAAUGAUGGUCGAUUAGAUUUUGUUGUUGCCAACUUUUACUCGAGCAAUGUGGGUGUGUUUCUUGGGAUUGACAAUGGAUAUUUCGGACCACAAACAACAUACCCCACUAUCGGUAAUCCGACCUUCGUUGCAAUCGAUGAUUUCAACGGUGAUUCUUACCUGGAUCUUGUCGUUACCAGCCAGUACUGGCCCACCAUAAGUGUGCUACUUGGAACCGGUAGUGGGACUUUUCAAUUACAAAUAACGCUUUCAAUUAAUUCUACACCGUGGAGCAUCGCUACUGGUGAUUUUAAUGGCGAUGCUCGAGUAGAUCUGGUCGUCGGUAACGGCUCACCCUCGCUGCCCAAUGUGGGUGUACUUCUUGGAAAAGGUAAUGGAUCUUUUGGAUUACAAACUAUGUUUUCCGUUGGGUCUAAGCUUGAGGUGGUGUGGGUAGCUAUCGGUGAUUUCAAUGGUGAUGGUUUAAAAGAUCUUGCCGUCUCUAACCCUUUCUCCGCGAUACGCAACGUUGGUGUGCUUCUUGGGUCUGGUAAUGGAUCUUUUGUAUUACAAGCCACAAUUGCAACUGGAAAUGGUUCUUUUCCGUAUGGAAUCGCUGUCGCUGAUUUCAAUAACGAUGGCCGACUAGAUCUUGCUGUUUGCGAUAAUAAUUCAAAGAACCGUGUGAAUAUUUUUCUCAAUACAUGCACAUGA